AUGGUGCCCAUGUCUCUGUGCGACCUGGGAUUCGACCUCAUCUUCCUUAUCGACCUUUGCUUUCGUUUCCUGGCCUGGCCCACCAUCUCCCACUUCUUCUGCGAUGCGCACAAUGUGAUUGAUAUGUUUGUGCUGCCUUCCUUAUGUAUUCGCUUGGCCUUGGGUAUAAAUAUCUCCCCCACCACGCACGUGACCUGGAGCACCCUCCUGCUUUGCUUCUUCCCGGUUCUAAGAUUGCUGAAGCUUCUUCGACGAUUUCAGACCUUCCAGGUCCUACUGAGUGCGUGGUGGGCUGUGUUCGAAGCAUUGCCAAUGUUGAUUUUCGUUCUUGCCAUUAUUGCCCUGACGUUUGCAGCCAUCCUCUUUGCCAUAGAGCCUCGCACGAACAUAACGGACUGGGGGAGCGCCCUAUGGCUCACAGUGGUGUCAAUGACUGGGCUUGGCUACGGUGAUCUGUCGCCUUGCACGCCCGAAGGGAAGGUUUGCAUUUCGAUUCUCAUCAUCACCAGCCUUCUGUACCUCUCCAUCCCAUUCGGAAUCCUGGGCAGUGCCUUUACCCUGGCUUGGAGUCAGCGUGUAGCAGUCAUGGCUGUCCGCAAGCUACGAAAGCACUUGGCUAACCAUGGAUUCACUUCAGAAGACAUGCAGAAACUUUUAGAGUUCUUUGAUCUGGACCACGACACAGACAUUUCGUUGGUGGAGUUCCGCACCAUGAUCAAUCACGUCAUGAUAGGCUUCACCGACGUGGAGGUUAACGACCUGUUUGAAAGUUUGGAUUUUGAGCAGUGUGGACGAAUUCGCGCUGCAUCGUUUCUAACCCUAGUCUUUCCCCGUGAGUUUGAAGAGUGCAAAUACACCUACGUCCCAGCUCUUAGAAAGAAACACCGAAUUUUCUAUUGA